AUGUCUCCUCCUGGCCAGGGCCCUGUGCCAGGCUUCACCAGUCCUAAUGAAGAUGGAACUGGAUCUAGUGUGUCCUGGCUCAGACACUGUCACCCUCGAAGGGCCACAGACAUUCCAAGAAGGGACCUUCCACCAUUCCAUCCAUCUGGACCAUGGGUCCCCCAAAGAUGGCUCUCUCUGCUGCUCUUGCACCUAGUGACCAGUAUCCCAACUGAAGCCAGCCCGGAGAUCGAUUACAUCCCAGUCCUCACCAGGACUUUGGAAGGGAGCAUCACCAGCUCUACCUUUACCCUCGAUCAACCCAAUGGCCAAUUCAACAGCCCCAACAUCAGUGACACCGAUGACAUAUGGCUUGUGGUUGCCUUUAGCAACGCCAUCCAGAACUUCACAGCUCCCCAGUCACCCCAAGGCAUUCCCCAUGCUUCAACAUUUCUGGAGAAAAAAUACUACAUGACUAUCCGGGCCAGUCGAGCACUUUACUCCGGUGAGACAAAUGCCCAAGAUAUCCACAUCCUCAGGGUGGGCAACGAGACCAAUUGCACUGUGAAUACAUGCAACACUCCUCUGCCAGGUCCCGGUCCUUACAGGGUGAAGUUCUUGGUAAUGAAUAACAAUGGCCCAGUGGCAGAAACAAAGUGGUCUGAGGACAUCACCCUGAUAAAACCGGUCGAGCUCUCUGAGUCCCGUGUCCCCAAGAGUGCGGGUACCAUUGUCAUCAUAGUAAUCCUGUCCAUACUGCUCGCUCUCCUGUUCCUUGCUCUUGUGGCCCUGUUUGUCUACACUUGCUUUGACAUUUGUGGGACCAAGGAGAUCUCUGCACCAGUGGAGUCUGUUCAAGUGAGGAAAUACAACACUCACCACACCUACAGCUCACCUGACGCUGGGAGAAGCUGA